AUGCAAUUAAGUAAACGUGCCUGUGUGAAAUUAUUGUUCACGCUACUGGUCAUCAUCAUCGACACACAUCAUGCAGUUAGUGCCGAUCAAAAUUUUUCAUUGUUAUUGGAAAACGUAAACAACUUCAAGAAAUGCCUAGGGGAUAAAUACCCCAUUAUGUGUUUUAAAGAGAGAGCCCUGGACGUUCUCAAUGAGACCAUCAUGAGCGACGCACCCAUAACUUUUAUAGACGGAUUAAUUAUCGAGAGGAACCCUGAAUAUAUUCCUGAUACGAUCGAAGAGCAAAAUCUGCCCUCGGAGGCCAGUGCUAGAAGUUCGAAACUGUCGAAUAUUCUGCAUGAAAUGAUCGAGGAUUUUUUUAAGUCCAGGACGUUGAAGGUCAAUUUGGCUCCACAGUUUGAAGGUAGGGACAUCGAACACAGCUACGAAGAUUCAGAUUGCAAUGACAACGAAAAUGACAAAAAGAGCAGGAAAAAAGGAGGCGGCGGCGGCAAAGGCAAGGGUGGCAUGAUGAUGAUGGGUAUGAUCGGUAUGGGUUGCAUGAUGGCGCAGAUGAUGAUGGGCAAGGUGGCGUUCAUGGCGGGUGCGGCCCUGAUAAUCGCCAAAAUAGCUCUAAUUUUGGCGACCAUGGGAGGAAUGAAGAAAAUGUCUGGAGGCGGUGGAAGUGACACCCACGUGGUCUGGGCUGCUCCGGCCGGCGGUGACGGUCACAGCCAUGGGGGCGGCGGCGGCGGCGGCGGCGGCUGGCACAGAUCCAUCGACGCGGCCGACAACUCGAGACUGGCCUACAGCGCUCAGAUCACGGAGAACCAAUUUAGCGGGUACAAAUAAUUGGAUUUGUUUGUGGGAUUUAUUGUGUUUAAUGUUUAAGUAUUUAUUUAUUUAUUUAUUUUAUUUAUUUAUAAUGUUUGAGUAAGGCUGCGGAUUGUUUUAGAUUAUUUAAAUUUAAAUUUUGCAUAAAAGUAACCUGUUUGGGUAAUAUGUUACGCUGCAAUAGAAGACGUGUUUUUAUUUUAUAAUUCGCAAUUAUUAAUGAUAAUAAAUUUGUAGAUUUGUAUAAAAGAAAUAAAAAGUAAUAAAUUAUUUGUGUUAUUUUAUUUAUCCAAAAAUGUGUUUCUUUUAUGCAAAAUGUAAAUAAAAUAUGUAUUGCUCUAGAAGUUUUAAAGGGUUUGAAUUUUACUCAAAAGCUGCCUUGAUCUACAAGCUAUGGAUGCAUGGGUAAUAAACUGCAUAAAAUACGGAAUAAUUUUGUAUACAUCCAACUUCACUCAUAUUUGAGCAAAGCGU